AUGGCUGCCGUCGACUCCCCGGACAAGAUCAUGCCCAAGCCCAAGGCGGCAAAAGCGCCGAAGGCCAAGGUGAGGUCUUUGUCGCCGAGCCGCGAAGCGCCGAGCCGAUUCGGCAAGACGACCGCGACUUCCGGCAGCUCCAGCGACAGGCGGGCUUUUCAAGCGCUUCUUCAAUGCCAGGAGAAGCACAUGCAAAAGAUUUUGAGCGAGCUGGAUGACGGCGCCAAGGAGAGCUGUUGGGCCUGGUACAUCUUCCCCACAGAGAAGGCUGGGAUGUGCGACUUUGAUGAGACGCGCAUCACGGCCGAGAAUGCCAAAGACUUAUGCGAUCCCGAGAUCAAUGCCUCUGCGGGCCACUGGCAGCAGUGCCUGCAGGAGAUCUGUCGUCUUUUGGAGGAGCGUAACGCGAUUCCUCCGGACAGCCAUGUUCUGCCGCGCAUCGAUCACGGCCGUGUUCACUGGUUCAUCAAGCUUCUUGCUGAAAGUCAGAAGUGGAUGUCUGGUGACGGGGUUCUGGCAAAGCUACGAACACUCGCCACGAUGGAUGCAAGAGGAUUGCUGCAGGAUAGCAAGGAGAGAAAAGGGGGUCUUACGCAAGCCGCAGCCAGACUCAUCCGCAGCGCCUCCUCUCAGCUGGAUGCUGUCGUGGAAAAGGCGGGCAGAUUUGCGUCGACUACGAGGGAGGCGGCUUCGAACAACUUGUACAAGCAAGGUUCUAUCAAAUCCGAAGUCCAGUGGAUGGUUAUACUUUGUGCUGGAGUCUUUGCCUUCCUUCUCUUGGCAAGGGUCUGCUCGCCGUAUUUCCGUGUUGCACCCACCUAUGUUGACAUUCCAGAGCUGGGCAUGGUUGAGGGCACCUUGUAUCCAAGCGCCCGCGUAUUCCAGGGCAUCCCCUUCGGAGUUGCUGAGCGAUUUCAACCACCAGAGCUGGCACCUGCGUGGAAGCCCGAGACUCUGGUUGCAAGGCAGUUUCGACCUGCCUGCAUGCAUCCUAGCGGCUAUAGACAGGAAGGUGUAAGCGAGGAUUGCUUGUACCUUAACGUGUACACCCCAACCUGGGGUGUUGGGGACAAGCCAAACCCUGUGCUUGUUUGGUUUCAUGGUGGCGGCUACACCCUGGGGGCUGGAAGUGACACUGCUCCAGACGAUGCUGCCGAGCUUGUCUGGAACCACAAGGUGGUGGUUGUAAGCACCAACUAUCGUUUGGGCGUCUUUGGCUUUUCAGGUUCGGAAUCCCUGCGUGCCAGAGAUAACUCGACGGGAAAUUAUGGGAUACAGGACCAGAGGCUGGCAUUGGUGUGGGUUCAGAAGCAUAUCCGUGCCUUCGGUGGUGAUCCAGCGAGGAUCACGGUGAUGGGCUGGUCUGCGGGUGCUGCAUCUAUCUCGGUUCACCUGGUGGCAUCAAGAUCUAAAGGGCAUUUCUCACGCGCCAUUAUCAUGUCAGGCGGCUUUACCGACUGGGCAGCUUUGCCAAUGUCAGCUGCAGAGGCUGCCUUUGCCGCCGUUUGCCGAUGUCUUGGCUGCGCCAAGACUGAUCGUCGGUGCUUGCUCGGACGGUCCGCGGAGGAGACUAUGAACUGUGGCAACGGGCAAUGGUAUGGGCCUGUUGUGGAUGGUGUCGAGAUGAUUUUAGGUCCCUACGAAGCCAUCAAGACAGGAAGCGCUGUUGUGGAUUAUUCCGUGCCAAUCAUCAUUGGCAACACUCUGGGCGACAAGCUCGUGGAUCUGGGUCCCAAUGCAGAUGCUCACAAGCUCCGAAAGUAUCUGGAGACACAGAUGUCGCCGGCUACAGCAGAGAAGGCGAUGCGACUGUAUCCCCUUACGAUCUUCCGAGAUUAUGCUCUGAGCAUCUUCCCAAAUGAGUGGAGUGCCGCUUACUGGGCGGCACGUGUGAUGGGCGCAGACAAAGACUUUACGUGCAUCAUGCGGCGGGUCGUCCACCGAUUCCACGAACAUGGAGGGCAUGCUUUCUGGUACAGUUGGUUGGUGCCGCAGGUAUUCAACAAACAGCAAAUGAUGGCCCUGAGGAAGGCUUCCCAAGCCAUGGAUGCAAAACCCGUUGGGGGCAGCUGCUAUCCUUGCCCAGGUGCCGGACAUGGAUCUGACCUCGCAUUCCUCUUUGAGAAUCCCUCGAAGAUCGAUGUGGACGGGAAAGUCGUGCAGGGGGCUAAGCUGACAGAUCGUCUUCAGGGAGCCUACACGAACUUCAUUUGGUAUGAAGGGAAUACCACAGAGAAUAUCGCAGAUGUACAUGAGUCUCAGGAGGAUAGCCGCCUGAUUGUGCCGCUGCCGGAUUGGUAUCCUUAUGAUCCUGAACGUGGCAAUGCCAUGCGCUUCGACGCUGGCGUCAGCCAAGAGGUGGAGCACUACCGUGCCGAAGAAUGCGACUUCUGGGAUGAACAGGAAAAGAUGCGCUGA